ACUUCCACUACCAUUGCCCACACCGAACUUUGAACUCCCCAAAGUUCUAUCAUUUUUACUGCAAAAAUAUCGUCUUCCUCUUCCAUUUGCUUCAAUUUGAAACUCUUAAACACUCCAAACUUCUCUCCUUCAACUCGGUUUCUUUCUUUCAUUCCUUUCUCUUGAAUCCGAUGGCCACCGCGCUCUCCACCGCCGGAGCUGUCAACAGAAUUCCGGUGAGUUUAAAUGGCGCCAUCUCCGGAGCUUCAGUUCAGAGCUCUGCAUUCCUAGGCAGCAGCUUGAAGAAAGUGAACUCUAGAUACCCCAAUUCAAAGGUCUCUUGGGGAAGCAGCUUGAAGGUAGUAGCUGUUGCUGAAGAAAUUGAUGAAAAGAAGCAAACUGACAAGGAUAGAUGGAAGGGGCUUGCUUAUGAUAUCUCUGAUGAUCAGCAAGAUAUCACCAGAGGAAAGGGACUGGUUGACUCACUCUUCCAAGCUCCUACUGGAGCAGGAACUCAUGACCCUGUUCUUAGUUCUUAUGAAUAUUUGAGUGCUGGACUUCGUCAGUACAAUUUAGACAACAAUGUGGAUGGCUUUUACAUUGCUCCUUCCUUUAUGGACAAACUAGUUGUUCAUAUCUCUAAGAACUUCAUGAAACUUCCCAAUAUCAAGGUUCCUCUGAUUUUGGGUGUUUGGGGAGGCAAAGGUCAAGGAAAAUCCUUCCAAUGUGAACUUGUUUUGGCCAAGAUGGGAAUCAACCCCAUUAUGAUGAGUGCAGGGGAAUUGGAGAGUGGAAAUGCAGGGGAACCUGCAAAACUGAUUCGACAGAGAUAUCGUGAAGCAGCAGACAUUAUCAAGAAAGGGAAAAUGUGUGUUCUCUUCAUCAACGAUCUCGAUGCAGGAGCUGGUCGUCUUGGUGGCACUACUCAAUACACUGUGAACAACCAGAUGGUUAACGCUACCCUCAUGAACAUAGCUGAUAAUCCAACCAAUGUUCAGCUCCCUGGUAUGUACAACAAAGAGGACAACCCUCGUGUUCCCAUCAUUGUCACGGGUAACGACUUCUCAACACUGUAUGCUCCUCUCAUCCGUGAUGGUCGUAUGGAAAAAUUCUACUGGGCACCUACUCGGGAGGAUCGAAUUGGUGUCUGCACAGGAAUCUUUAGGAGUGACAAUGUUCCUAAAGAAGACAUUGUCAAGCUUGUUGAUACCUUCCCUGGCCAAUCCAUAGAUUUCUUUGGUGCCCUGAGGGCAAGAGUAUAUGACGAUGAAGUGAGGAAGUGGGCUGCUUCAGUCGGAGUUGAAAAUAUUUCUAAGAGGCUCGUCAACUCAAAGGAAGGACCACCGACGUUCGAGCAGCCAAAGAUGACCUUAGAGAAGCUUCUCGAGUAUGGGAACAUGCUCGUUCAGGAGCAAGAGAAUGUGAAGAGAGUCCAAUUGGCUGACAAGUACUUGAGCGAGGCUGCUCUUGGUGAUGCCAAUGAAGACUCUAUAAAAAGUGGAGCAUUCUACGGCAAAGCCGCUCAGCAGGUGAAUUUUCCUGUCCCUGAAGGCUGCACAGACCCUAAUGCAGAGAACUUCGACCCAACUGCUAGGAGUGAUAAUGGAAGUUGCAAUUAUGAAUUAUAAGCAAUCAAGAAGGGAUGUGCACAGAAUUUUCCGCACAGAAAGCUCAACCAAGAUUUCAUUAAAUUUAUUUGAAGGGUGUCUCCUUCCAUGGUUUGCAUAUACAGCUUUAAUUUGAUCAAUCUAAAUCAUAAGUCGGCCUAAACGCGUUGUAAUCUGCAAAGCUACUUGACUUGCUCAAUUCUAAGAUACAGUGGACUAGUGACCUACUCUACUA